AUGUCGUUUCCUGAUGCUGGUGAUGGUGAUCCGCUGCCGGGCUUCGACGGAGCUCAAGGUCCCGGUGGUGAUGUUCCGGUCAACGAGCCGGUCGAUUCGAGUGGCAGGACCUCGGACACGGGACCUGCAAGUCGUGAUGGUGACGAUGUGGUUUGGACUUCGUGGAAUGAAGAUGGAGAUUGGGAGCAACGCGGUUGGUCCCGCGACAUGUGGUCUUGGACUCAUUGGGAGGAGUCAAGAGAUCGACGAGGAGAUUGGCGAGAGGUGGACGGAGAGCGUCGGGCUAGCAUGACGAGCACAGGUUUGUCCGGCACCGGCGACUCCCGGACCACAGGGCCUGCCGGCCGGAAUCCAGGCUUGUGGACGAUGCCCGGAGAUCCGUGGAGCGAUGGGAGAGGACACGGUGGCGGGCAAUCUGAUCCUUGGAUGGCGUACCGGACUUCAUGGCCUGGUCAGGUGCUACCUGGACAAGUCGGUCUUCCUCAUGAAGUGCCCGGUGGACCCGGACCUCCACUACCUCCCUCGGCAGAUGGUCGAGCCUGGGUACCUCCUGGUGACGAUUCACAUCUUCGCCCUCGAGUCGAGAGAGAUGAAGGGGCUGUGUGGAACGGAUGGCGUCACUUCGGCGAUGGCGGCUACUACCAGGACAAUUCUGACGGUCGCAACGGGGGUUUGAAGAAUGCCGGGCACACCCGCCCGACAGAGCGGCUCACCGCACCUUCUUUCUCCGGCGACGGUGAAGACGUGGGGUCGUCAGCUCGGUCGUACCUGCGACAGAUCGAAGCCUGGCGGAGGAUGACGCUUGUUCCUCUACACCAACAAGGGCUAGUGCUUUACCAAGGACUAUCUGGAGGAGCAUGGGUGGCCGCAGAAGAGUUGAACGUUGAUGAGCUCGGCAAGGCCACCGGAGUGCAGUACCUGGUAUCAUGGGUCACAGCUCGCUACCUCGACCUCGAGAUCACGCGGAUCGGCCGGGCGUUCUCCGAGUUCUUCAGGAAAUUGAAACGGAAGCACGGGCAGAGCAUCAGGGAGUACAACACCGAGUACGACAGGCUCUACGCUCGUUUGAAGGAGAUUGGAUGCACUUUACCCGAGGCCUGUGCAGCUUGGUUGUAUGUGGACCGCCUCCAACUUGAAGAACAUGCCGAACUCAACCUCCUGGCGAGCGUCGGGAACAAGUACGCACUGUUGCCUUUGCAGCAGGCAGCAGUGAUCCAUGACCGUGGGCAUCGCAAGCCUUGGGAAAAUGCCAAGCGGAAACCCUACAUCAACCACCUCACCGAUGCCCAGGAUGACGAAGAGGAAGCCCACUCCGAUGAAGAGGACCUUGCCGAUGGAGUACCCGAAGAAGUCGCCACCGCCUACAUGGCUUACCAGUCCGCCAAGAACAGGUACAAGGAUCAAGCGCGCAACCGGGGGUACCAUGGUCCUAAGGGGGAAGAAUCUGGCGGUGGAGGAGGCAACGGACACGACAAGGACUCGAAAGGGGUGAAGGACGCCAAGAUCAAGAGUAUGAAAGCCAAGUCGUUCUGCGCAGGAUGUGGGAGAAGAGGCCACUGGCACCGAGACCCCGAGUGUCCCCACAACCGUGGUCGAGAUGAUGACAAACACCCAAAGGGGGCCGCCGUGAAGGAGAUCGAGAUGUGCAGCGUGAUGCCGGCCGACGUCUUCGUGGUGAAGUACGAGGGCGACCAGUUGCACGGGAUCACCGACACAGCUUGUGCAAGGACGGUUACCGGGACUCAGUGGCUGCAACGGUACCUAGACAUCGCCGGGAAGGAUGGCAACUCUCCUCAAUUGCAUCGUGAGUGUGAGGCCUUUCGCUUUGGUACCGGGAAGAUCUACUACUCAUCGUUCUACGUGAUCCUCACGUUCACCUUCGGCAACAAGCUGGUUCAGGUCAGGACCUCUGUGAUCACGGGCGACAUACCCCUUCUCCUGUCCAAGACAGUUCUCGGAAAGCUUGGGAUGCUCUACGAUGUUGAAGGGGGAAAGGCCGAUUUCACCAAGGUAGGGAUACAGAACUACAGGCUGGCGACAACGCCGUCCGGGCACCCUGCCAUUUUGAUUGUACCUGCCCCUCCUCCCAUCAGUGGAGGAGCUGACUUGCUGGCAGAAGACCUUCGACUCGAGCCUCUCGCGGCAUAUAUGGCUUUCGCUGUGUCAUGUCGCAGUCCUAUGGGCGCUAGCAGUCCGAGCCAGCUCUACGGUUUCUUCCAUGACAAGAAGUUAGACCCCAGUGUUCGAAACAUGCUCGCCCAUGAGAAGUUCGAACAUCAUACCUUCUAUGCAUGGUGGUUGGGAACUUCCAUCGCUGGGGACUUCUGGGUUGAGACCUUUGACAGUUGGAUUCGGUGGCUUGAGCCUACAGUAGAUGUCAUUGGAGCCAGUGAAGCUGAUCGGCAAUGUCCUCUGCCGCCGCAGUCGAUGAGACCCGCCAUCUCGAAGAUGGGGAAGGUGCAGCUCCUCGAGGAAGCCUUGCGUUUGGGCUUGGUGGUCCACCGAAGCUGGAGUGUGGAGGAGAUCAAGUCGGCGAUCAUGGAGCACACGGCCCAGGAGGACCAGAACGACCCCACGAUGAUGAUGAAGAGGAUGGGCAACAUGACCCUCGCGGAGUUGAAGUUGAAGGCCACUUCGUUGGGAGUCGAAUACAACGAGCGAGUGACGAAGGGGAACCUCCUGCGGUUGGUGAGAGACCAUGUGGGCACCGAGGACACCGAGCUGAUGAAGGUCGGGCGAUUCCGGGGCUACGAGUUCCGCGAAGUACCGACCUCGUAUGCGACAUGGGUGGCGCAGGAGUACAAGAGGGCGGACACCAUGGACCCCGACCUGGUGAGGUUCCUUCGAUGGCACGAGAACAAGGAGAAGCAAAAGAAGGAGACAUACUCCGGGGGGCUGACGGACAAUGGAUACUCAACGACCCCCUACAUCCCGAGCUACGACACGGCGGACAGUCAAUCGCAGUACCACUCGUACCAGUCGCACCGAUCGAGCGCGGGGAGCUCAUGGGGAGUGGUGGAUACUCCGGACGCCUCGAGGAGCCCCAAGAAACGAGCCACCGGGGAAGUGAAUCCGGAGAUCAUGGACCCGGAACCGGACCCCUCCACCAUGGCCGAGAUCCAAGCGUUGGAGGCGAAGUUGGAAAGGGAGGUGAUCACAAGCGAUGAACGGAGAGCUGGCCGCGAAGGAUGCGGGGGAUGUGCAGGAGAUAGGCCAGACGACCUGAUCACCGAAGAAGAGUUCCUCUCUAGGUAUAAGACCCACCACUCCUACCUCGUGCAGGACCUAGAAGAUGAUAUCCACAGCGCGGCAACCCCGGUCGAGGAUGCGGCCCAGGAAGCCUACAAGCGCGGUGACUUCAGCCAUGAGAGAUGCCUGCAGGUUCUACGGCUACUUCCUCAUGAACCACAAAAGGUCCUUAGGGGAAAGGGGUUUGCAGUCAACGAGGGGGAGAACGAUGGGGGAAGCCUACAGUCCGGGUACAGUUCCUAUGGCCUUUUCGUCCACGGAGGGACCCAUGGAGUCACAGUAGCCAGUCAAGACCAUGGACACCUGACCAGGUACAUCAAUGCCUACGGGAGACACCACCUCGAGAAAGGAGCCACAUGGUCCACCUUCACCCUGUCCGUCAACGUCCAAUCGAAGCUACACCACGAUGCCCACAAUUUGAGAGGGAGUCAGAACCACUGCAUCAGUCUUGGUCAGGAUUCCGGAGGAGGGGUCUGGGUUCAGCAUCGUGACCUUAGCGAAAGGGAAGCCAACACCGCUGAAGUCGUGUGGAAAAGGGGUGGGAAUGGAAGUUGGAUACCUGGCCACAUCGUCAACACCAAGAACAACUUCUACUCCUUCGACCCGCACCUGAAGCACUCGACCGAAGAAUGGGGAGGAAAUAGGUGGUGCCUGAUAUUCCACACUGCUCGCAGCAUCAACAAGGUUGGCGAUGAGGUCCGGGACUACCUGAAACGAUUGGGGUUUCGCCUACCUCGACGAGAUCCUGAACAGCAAGAAGAGGGGCAUCGGGUGGGCAAGCUGAAACCGAAUCGGGGGAUGAGAUCACGUCUUUCCGGGAUCGCGGGCAAGUUGAGUGUUCUCUAUACCACCUUGCUCAUUGCCUCCACCUCGUUUCUUAGCGAAGUAUACAGUCCAGGUCCGACUUACGACCCCAUCGUGCUCUUUGAAAUCGGUGGGUUCGAUCACACGAUGGAGGCCACUGAUCUCAACAAAACGGUGUUGGAGCCCUUGUCGUGGACCAGCUACAACGCGCCCGAGGGUAAAGAGCUCGCCCAUAACUUCAUCAUCGGGGCAAGUCCACAAGAGCUAUGUGUCCACACCGGUGACAUGCCAGAGGGUUGUGAGCAGGACGUGUUGGACCUUGCACGAGAACAACUAGAAGGUGGGGGGAGCGUUAUCGUCGAGGACGACAAGGUCGGGAGGUUCGUUGACUACCUCACGAAGUACUUGCAGUACUAUGACGAGGCCAAACAGCGGGCAGUGUUCUUCAGGGAGAAAGCCGGACGACGGAGAUGGGAUGGAGAGAAACGGGCACACCAAGUAUGCGUUCUUGAUGAAAUCGGAGGAAAACCUGACGAGGACGCCAAGAAGGACAUCAAGCUUCAAGCCGGAGGAAUACGCUUCGAUCCCUCAGUUAGCGAGACCAUUCGGGGUCCUCUGAGACGUCUGCAUCAGAACCUCGGACAUCCUCGACGAGAAGAUCUGCUUCGCCAUCUUCGCCUGGCUGGUUGCGAGAAUGCCGUCCUCAAGGCAGUCAAAGGGAUGACUUGUGAAGUUUGCGAUAGUCAAAAGGGGCCCAACAUCGCAAGGCCUAGCGCGCUCCCCAGGAUGUACGGUUUCAAUGACUGUGUGGGGGGCGACAUCCUCUAUGCCCACGAUGUCAACGACGAGAAGCACAUCUUCCUCAACCUAGUCGAUUGGGGAACCACCUUCCAGGUUGUGGUCAAAAUCCCAGGUACCAAGGCCGAGGACCUCGAGAAGGCAUUCAACGAUCAUUGGAUCACCCCCUUUGGACCUCCGGUGACCGUGUCUCUGGACUUGGAAGGUGGUCUGCAGAAGGGGCUAGCGCGACUUUGUGAUUGGCACCACAUCAAGGCGAAGCAUGCUGCGGCCCAAGCCCACUGGCAAGCAGGGGUCACUGAGAGGCAUGGGGCUUGGUGGAAAAAUAUCUGGGAUCGAGUCGUACAUGAUCGAAGCGUUGGAAGUGAAGAAGCCGAGUUAGCAGCCACAUGCGUAUCAAGUGCCAAGAACGAGCUCAGGAGGAGGUGUGGCCACGCCCCAGUCACCUGGGUCUUCGGCAGAAAUCCAAGGGGGCUGGAGGACUACAUCGACCCCGACUCAGGAGAAAAGCUCACCUGGAGUCUGUCCGGAGACAGUCAAUAUCAGAGGUUGGUCACCAUGAGGGCAUCCGCGAGAAUCGCUUUCCACCAGUCGCAGAAUGAUGAUCGGCUUCGACGAGCUCUACUACAGCGGGCGAGGACUGUGUCGAGACCGUAUGAGCCGGGAGAGCCGGUACAUUUCUGGUUCCAACCCAAGAAUAGGAGGAGAGCGAGAUGGGAAGGGCCUGCCGUAGUGGUUGGGCGAGAAGGGAACAACUAUUGGAUAUCCAGGAACGGACGAUGCCGAUUGACAGCGCCAGAACACCUUCGCCCAUCAGGACCAGAAGAAGUCGGAGAACUCAUGACCAUGAAGUACGUCGAGAAGGAGAUGAAUGCCCUCCUCGAAGCCGACCUUGACCACGACGACACCUUCGACCAGGACAAGUUCGUUUUGGACUAUGACAGGGAGCUCGAUGAUGCGACUGGUGAACGCGGGGGGCUGUAUGAUGAAGAAGAAAUGAUGGACUACGAGCCGGACAUUGACGAAGAGGAGGAUCUCGGCGGGGGAGUCCGGCUAGAGGAGGCUAUUGACGAGCCGAUGGCUGCGAGACCGCCUUCACGUAGAUUCAAAAGGAAGGGGCCACCCGAAGAUGCAGUGUGUGAAAAGGGGGAACGGGCUCAUGAAGCGAUGGCGGUGAGAAGACAACUCACCCAACGUGGUGUCGCCAAGAGACAAGAGAAGGAGCUCAAGUGGCACGAGAUCCCCGACGAGGUGAAGGAGAAGUUUCGGCAUGCAGAACGACAACAGUGGGAGGAACACCUGGCCUUUGACGCGCUGGAACCUAUGUCAGUCGACGAAAGCCACUGGGUCAGACAGAACGUCAACAAGGAGAGAGUCCUCCGAUGCAGGUGGGCUUAUAGAGACAAGAAUUGGUCCAAAAGGAAAGGGGGGAGCUCCGAGAUCGAAUGGAAGUGUAAGUCCCGGCUUGUCAUAGCUGGACACACCGACCCAGACCUCGGCACCAGCGCAGGACUGAGUACAGAUGCUCCCACUUUAUCUCGGGCCGGAUUCCUCACGCUCAUGCAAAUUCUGGCGAAUGGAAGGAAAGAUAAAGAUCCAUGGCGAGCUUCCGCAGGAGAUAUCAGAUGCGCCUUCCUCACCGGGAGCUACCUGAAGCGGGAGGAGGAGCUCUUUCUUCACCAGCCAGACACAGGGUUCCCUGGACUCGAUCCUCGUCAAUUGGUUCGGGUGAAGAAGAACAUCUUCGGCCUCGCUACAAGUCCACAUGAGUGGUGGGGUGACCUACAGGCAGGCAUCAAAGGGAUAGAGCUUCGUCACGACGGCAAGGUGUACGGCUUCGACCAAUGCCCACUGGAUCCCUGCAUCUUCGUCCUAAGAGAGAAGAUCGACGGAGGUUUUCGCGGAGCUGGGAUCGGGUUUGUCGGGAGCCAUGUCGACGACCUCCUGGUGAUUGCACCUUCAACCUUCGGCGAGCUGAUCAAGAAAGAGUUGUCUGCUGCUUUUCCGGUGGACGUUUGGGAGGACGACGAGUUCUCCUAUGUGGGGAUGGAAUUGAAGUGUGACGAGUUUGGGGUGAGUGUGACCCAGACAAGCUACGUCGACAGCCGCCUGUUCCAUGUCACAGUUCCGAAGGGCGUGAAGGACGAGGACAUUGCCGAUCAGGAGUGCGUUGCGGACAACAGGUCUUUAGUGGGGGCCCUUUCGUGGGUUUCGGCACAAACCCGAGCCGAUCUCACAUGCUCAGUCAGCAUGGCUCAACAGGCACAGGCGAGGCCCACCUACGGCGACAUCAAGUUCACGAAUGUCGUCUCCACUAGGGCCACCCAACAUCGAGACCAAGGACUUCGCUUCAGGGGUGUACCUCGUGACGACAUCCUCUUCCUGAUCUACCACGACGCUGGGUGGGCCAAUGCGCACUACGAGGACGACGACCCUAACUUCAAGCUCUACGACGAAGACAACCAAGCCGGCGUACAGCACGAGUUACCCCCAUCCCUCAAGGGGACUCGUAAAGCCAAGAAGGAGAACUCGAAGGUGGCAUCGCAGCUGGGAUGCCUCAUCAUGAUCGCAGAGAGAGGAUGCGUCGGCAAGAAGGGUGGCAUCGCAAAUGUGGUCGACUGGAAGUCGAGAGCAGGCCAACGAGUAUGCCGAAGCACGUUCGGAGCGGAGGCACAGGCAGCAGCAGAAGGGCUCGAAGCGGGGCAAUACAUGAGGUCUUUGUACGAGACCCUCAUUGCCGGGGAACUCGUCGGUGUCGACCAAGCAGUGUUCCCCCUCCUAUGCGUCAGCGAUUGCAGAUCGCUGUUCGAUCAUCUCCAUCGUGAAGGUGUUCCUCGCACUCCGAGCGAUCGACGGCUGGCGGUGGACCUAGCUGCUCUGAGGCUAGGGCUGAGAAGCGAACAGUGGGGAGCGAAGCUCCCGUUUGGGUGGAUACCCACCCAUCUACAGAUGAGUGACAUUUUAACCAAACCACAAGACAGUGCAGCCUGGUGGGACUCGUUAGGGGGACCACUCCUGCUUCCGAUCAAUGUAGCUGGGGAGGAUGGCAGAAUCCGUAACAGAAAUGUUACAAGAAGGGGAGCCAGUGUGAAGCCCAAGGAUGGCAUCAGCAUUGUCAGCCCAGAAGGCAUCUUUCAUCACGAGUAUUUCACCAUCAACACGGCUCCCCAGAUGCCAGAAACCCCAUAA